AUGACCAUAAGAUAUUCCGAGGACGAUAAGGACAGCACGAUCGACCGCGCCUCUUUCAAGUCGACUCCAGAUCACGACCUGACAGAGGCACCUGCUGUUGGCUCAAAGCAGGAAGAGGAGAUUGAGAGUCAGACUGCUGGGGUUCAAAAAGACACUUCUGAGACGAAUUGGGCGGCAUUAUCACAGAUCGUUGUUGCCUUCUUCCUCACUUUCAAUACGUGGGCGGUACUCAAUACUUAUGGCGCCUACCAGACCUACUAUGUCAGUACGGACAUCUUAAGACGUACGAAUAGCCAGAUUUCUUGGAUCGGUUCGCUACAAGGCUUCCUCAUUCUUGGGACGUUGAUCAUUACGGGUCCCUUGUUCGACAGAGGCUAUGCUCGUGCUCUCACAUGCGGCGGCCUGCUCCUCGAUGUCUUUGGCAUGAUGAUGACGAGUAUUGCAACAGACUACUGGCAGCUCAUGUUGUGCCAAGGCGUAUGCGUAGGUUUGGGCCAUGGUUGUCUCUUCAUCGUUGCUGUUGGCCAGCUGGCCUUGACGUUCAAACGACAUCGUUGGAUGGCACUCGGUCUAGCACAGAGCGGAGGAAGUAUUGGUUAG